AUGGCGGGUCUCCUAUGGAAGGCAGACGGGUCCAUCACUCUUGUGAAAGGGUCCAAAAACACCUUUGUUGAUGCAGGGAGUCCGAACGAUAGAGCGUUUAUCAUUGGCGCUCUAGAAUUGCACGGCCUUACACCAGCAGACAUCGCGUACGUGGUUUGCACGCAUGGGCACUCCGAUCACGUGGGUAACCUGAACCUCUUUCCUGGUGCCACUUUCAUCGUGUCUGUAGAUAUCAGCAUCGGGGACUCCUACAUCUGGCAUGACUUCUCUAUGGGUGCAUACGAAAUUGACAAGGGUGUAGAAGUAAUCGCAACACCGGGACACACGGGGUCAGACGUCAGUGUCAAGGUCAACACAGAAGAUUAUGGUGUUGUUGUCAUUGCAGGUGAUCUGUUCGAGAUGGCUGAAGACCUAGAUGAUCCGAACCUGUGGCAGGCAGUGAGCGAGAAUCAGGAAGUUCAGGCGGCCAGCAGGAACUAUGUGCUCGACAUAGCUGACCACAUUGUCCCCGGACAUGGACCCAAGUUUGAAGUGCCUUCAUGGGCCAAACAGUGAAUUAAUCCGAGUGUCUUGAAAAG